AUGUGCCACGUACCAUUGUGUUAUUUAUGCGUGUUCCACCUGCUUAUACAAGCAUCUAUACAAUAUAUUGUAGAUCCUUCACAAGAACAGACAUACAGUAUCAAUAUAUUUACGGGAGAUAAAAAAAUUGUAGAUCCUUCACAAGAACAGACAGACGGUAUCAAUGUAUUGAUAGGUGAUCAAAAAGAAGAUAUAAAAAAGUCCAUUAUUAACUCGAAAAAUUCGGAUUCAGGAUUAGAAAACAGAAUAGAUUUAUUAAAACAAGACAUACAAGAGAUACGUAUCAUCAAUUUAUUGAAAGAAGAUAACAUAAUUGUAGAUCCUUUAAAAGAACAGAUACAUAAUAUCAGUAAAUUGCUAGAUGCUAACAAAGAGGAUAUAUUAAAGUCCAUUAAUAACUCAAGAACUUCGGAUUGGAGAUUAGAAAACAGAAUAGAUGUAAAUUGUGUAGAUCUUAAUGUUAAACGACUUGGUCCAAUGGCUGCUGUUAAGAGAACCAUCAUCAAUUUAGAAAGAUGGGAUACUUGUCUUUCUAAACAAUAUGAGCAAUAUGAAAGUAAACCAAAGUAUGAUUGCUCCACAUAUGAAUCGCGAAUACCACAUGCUAAGGUUUUAUACAACGCGACUCUUUAUCGAACAGUCCACUCUGUUGCAUAUAACUUUUACCUUGUUGUGCGCCUUUUCCGAAAUGAUAUUAAAAAUCAACUUCUCAAAGACGUAAGCUAUAAAUCAGAUUGA